AACCGUCGACCAUGUGCUUCGUCCACCUCCGGAAACUAAAACAACACUCCGCAUCAUGCUCCGCCCACCUCCGUAGUCUCAAAUAAAGUGCUUAGAAGAAGUCGAGCGGCUAUGUCGAAGGCGUGCUGUGUGUGUGGAGACGCCGCAGACAAGCAAGACAACCUCCUCUUUACCUGCAAAGGACAUGGCUGUGACGUUGUGGUCCAUCAGGCGUGCUACGGUAUACUGAGUGUGCCUGGUGGACAAUGGUUCUGCAGGAAAUGUGAAUCUCAAGAGAGAGCCGCAAGAGUGAGGUGCGAACUGUGUCCGAAGAAAGAUGGAGCACUGAAACGAACAGACUCUGGAGGCUGGGCCCACGUGGUGUGUGCCCUCUAUAUUCCCGAGGUCACGUUUCUCAACAACACUAAAAUGGAGCCCAUUGUCACGUCAAAACUCCCCAGAGAAAGGUUCUCAAAGGCGUGCUACUUAUGCGAGCAGAAGGGGCAGGAGAGCCACGCCAGUUACGGAGCUGUCAUGUCUUGCCACAAGUCUAGUUGCAGAAUGGCCUUCCACGUCACCUGUGCCCAGAAGGAGAGACUCUUGUGUGAGGAGGAGGACUCCAGAGACUCUGGCAGUCUGGUCUACUGCGGCUACUGCGCCAACCACUACAAGAAGAUGAUUCAGAAGAAGCUGAAGCAGAACUUAAGGAAACAGGUGACCACACCCACUUCAACGGUAGCCCCGCCCCUCCCUACUGUUGCCACGGGAACCAUCACAGCUGUAGCCCAAUCCUCUCCCCAGUACCCCUCCUUCACUUCUUCACCACCCCAUCACAAAGAUUUGGCACCCGACCCCCUCCCCGUGGGGGACCACAUGCGACCACAAAAGACCACCGGCACUCACCAGAGCAGCCACAGUGGUCUCGGUAACCAGGCCCACAGACCACGAAACAAAAAGGACGGUCCACCGCAGAAGAGGAUGUCAGUCGAUGCACCCAUCCCACCAGCAAAGAGGAAAAACCGUCGCAGGAAGCUGUCGUCGUCAAACGAGAGUUCCACGUCUGAGACACCGUCGAAUGCUAGCGAUUUUGUGCAUGCAGUGGCCCACCAGCCUCUUGAGCAGGCGAGACCUCUCGCGGCCAUAGGGGAGGCGGGGAGUGGGGGAGGGAGGAGGGGAGACAGGGUGGCACGGAGGGAAGAAGUUCUCCACGUGGCUGGUAGCUACCCAAAGAUGGAAGGUGGGACCUCGCAUGUCAUCUCUCCCGUGGAUGUCCUUGACAACACAGCAAGUGGUGGAGGAAGUGGAGGAGGGAGGGGAAAGAGAAAUAGCAGCAGCAGAACUGGAGGCCCGCCACUGUCACUGCAGGAGCUACUGGAGACCCAGUGGCAGCAGACUGCUCAGUUCAUUCUGGACCAGGCCGGCCGACAGAAUAACGGUCAGUUUUCUUCUUUGCCAUUUCUAUACCACUACGUGCGCAGGAGGGACACUUUCGUGACUAUCACAGUUCCAUUCCGUGAAAGUUAGUAAUCAUAGUAAUAUUCUGUGUGCAGAGAUUUAAACUGUAUGUUUCACAAGUGUAAUACGUUAUUGAGAAACGUCAACUGUCUCUAAAGACACCCCUGAAAUGAGAACACCUCUCAGCCUUUUCUUUCUCCAAGAACAGUUGCUUAUGAUUAAGGACACCUCACUAAGAUUAGUGUUCGGGAUUAAUGGAAUUCCCCUGUCGUGCAAGGAUUGGUAGUAUAUAUGAUGUAUUCAUCUCCCACUGUAGCUGGCGUGAUGCUGGAGCACCUACACAAGCUGCAGUCGGAGAACCGGACGAUGCAAUCUCGAAUCAUGGAGCUGGCCUCCCAGAGAGAGUUCUACAUUGCGAUGAACACCCGUCUGCGACAGACGCUCGCAGACAGCACCUCCAACCAACUCCCCAAUGGGAUACAGACAUCAGGGACCAGCGACGGAUUACCCACCCCCGUCCCUCCAACCCAGCAGCUGUCUUCUUCAUCUCCCGACUUCCACCGGUCGGCAUCGGGCGAGCGAGUCUCUCUCCCCUCUCCCUCUCCGUCUCUCCCUGCGCCGGGCUCCGCCGGCUCCCUCUCCAAACAGGACCAGGAAUCUCUGCUGACAGCUCAUUUUCUCGCCUCUUCUCUUCCUCACAAUUUCCACGCUCCUCCUCCUCCUCAGGCGCCGUCUUCUCAAUCCCACCCUCUUUCUCAGCCACCAUCUGCUCUAAUUAACGCACACCAUCCCUCCGCUCGCAGCUCAGAGAGUCCAGGAGGGUUCCGGCAAGAGAGGCAGCCUCUGCCUCCUCCACACGAUCACGCACAAUUCGCUCCCCAUCAUCUUCAUGACCCUGCUCAUCUGACUGAAAACGAACAUCGAGUUGGCGGUGGGGGUAACGGUCACGCGAGGGGGCACGGUGUGGCCCAUGUCGCCAACGCCGGGCCACCCUACGGCAUCCCGGUCCCCAUGGAGAUAUCAGAGAUGGAUACUCUAAAUAGAGCACACCAACAAUCUGGACACGGACUCAAACACUAGCAUUAGAACCAGACGUUCAUAGUCCUACAGACAGCUAUCUCUAACUAACACACUGAAUUACCACACAUACAACAAUAGAGGCUGUGUAUAUACAUACGAUGUGACGCUCAUUUUCUAUUGCAUCUCUCUUCCUCAGAAGAUUAGAUAUAAUAUAACCUAUUUUGUAUAAGGUGUGUUCUGCAACUGUUACGUUGCGUGUAAUUUUUUAAA